UCUGCAUUCUAUAUCUCAGUGAGAUCGCGCCUGCUCUGGUACUAACAAAUCCUUUUUCGGCAGAAAACAUGGAAAUGAUUCAAACUUUGCUUCUCUGCUUGUUAUUUAGCAUUGUCUCCACGAGUAAUGGACUGGACAGGAGCGAUUUUCCCCCCAAUUUCAUGUUUGGAACUGCUUCCUCUGCCUAUCAGUAUGAAGGUGCUUGGAGAGAAGGAGGUAAAGGUCUCAGCAACUGGGACGCCUUCACACAUUCACCAGGAAGUAUAGAAGAUGGAAGUAACGGAGACGUAGCGGAUGAUCAAUAUCACAAAUAUGUGGAAGAUAUCGAGCUCAUGGCAUCACUUGGGCUAGAAACAUACAGAUUUUCGAUAUCCUGGUCUCGAAUCCUUCCAGAUGGUAAAGGUAAAAUCAACCAGGCUGGGAUUGAGUACUACAAUAAUUUUAUCAAUGCUCUUCUUCGAAAUGGUAUCCAACCAUUUGUUACAUUAUUUCACUUCGACCUUCCAAAUGCACUUGAAGACUCCUAUGGCGGAUGGCUCAGUUCACAGAUAGUAACGGACUUCGAAGCCUACGUGGAUAUUUGUUUCAAAGCCUUUGGUGACCGGGUAAAGUACUGGGCUACAAUGAACGAACCAAAUCUUUUUGUUCCACUGGGUUAUACUGUUGGAUUAUUUCCUCCUACAAGGUGUUCUGUGCCUUCAGGAAAGUGUGUUUCUGGGAAUUCCCUGUCUGAGCCAUAUGUUGCUGCACACAAUGUUUUGCUCGCCCAUGCAGCUGCAGUCAACACAUAUAGGACCAAAUAUCAGAAAAUUCAAGGAGGAUCUAUUGGAUUUGUGGUUAGCGCACCAUGGUAUGAACCCUUGGAAGACACUCCUGAUGACAGAGCAGCUGUCGACAGAAUUCUAGCAUUCAGUAUCCGAUGGUUUCUGGAUCCAGUUGUUCUGGGAAAUUAUCCAAGUGAAAUGCGUGAACGACUGGGAUUGCGCCUACCAACUAUUGAUUCAGAAAUGUCUGGGAAGCUUGCAGGAUCAUUCGAUUUCAUCGGCAUAAACCAGUACACAACCUUGUAUGCAAGCACUACCCCUACUCCUUCCCUCGACUCCACUACACGCUUUUAUGCGGACUCCAUGGUUUAUUUGACUGGCGAAAGGCAAGGAAUUCCCAUUGGAGAACCAACAGGAAUGGACGGUUUAUAUGUUGUGCCUUGUGGAAUUCAAAAUAUGGUGGAAUAUGUAACGCAAAUCUACAAUAAGCCUCCUAUUUUCAUUACAGAAAACGGGUAUGCAGAAUCCAAGGACUCCUCUGCCACACUACAGGAAGCUUUGGAAGACGUGAGGAGAAUACAUUUUCACAGUGAUAACUUGAAUUACCUGGCAAAGGCAAUCAGGAAUGGAUCAGAUGUGCGUGGAUACUUCAUUUGGUCUCUUCUUGACAAUUUUGAGUGGCGAUUCGGCUACACACAGAGAUUUGGACUAUACUACGUGGAUAAGCUUUCUCAGAGCAGAUAUCCGAAGCUAUCCGCUGAAUGGCUAAAGCAAUUUCUUCGGAUGGAUGCAAGCAGUACAGUAUAACCACAACUACGUCCAUCAUCAAGCCGCAAAUUCCUGGAGAAAGAAAGCAGAUUAUUAUGAAUGUAGAAAAGAUUCAAUGACGGAAAAGAUGUAAAUGAAAUGUAAUGUAAUAUAAUUUCAAGUAGUUUGACUAAGUUCAUCCAACCAUCCAAAAACCCAAAAAGUAGGUAGAACAAGGAUGGAUAAUUGCGGUACGCUAUCUGAGUCUGGAUAACAGAUAACCAGAGAAGUGGGAAGUGCACAACAGUCUUGCAUUGUGUUUCCUAAAGAUGAUUGAUUGUACAUAAAAACCAAAUUAUGUCAUUUCGAUUUGGUCAUGAUAAUGACCUGCUAUUGUCAAGAAAUACAUAUCGGGCCAAAAAUUUUAGUAUGUGAAAUAUAUUUGUCAUAUCUCU